AUGUCCUAUUAUAAAGACCUUUCACUAUACGUCAGUCAAGAACCAUUUCCAAAUAAGGAAAUGGAGGGAAAGCUUCCUAAGGGAAGACUUCCUGACCCCAAGGAAGUGAACCUCAAGCAGGGUGAUGAGACUGAGGCUGCCUGCCUGACUCCAGUUGGUAGCAAUGAACUCCACUCCCCAGGCAUCGGUCACCUCUACUCUUUUCAACUGUAA